AUCCCUCAUUCACUUCUGCAGUACAGGUUGUGUGUGUGUGUGAGAGAGAGAGAGAGAGAGAGAGAGAGAGAGAGAGAUAAACACAAACCACCCGCGCAAAACAGGAGACGGGCUGCAAACACGCCGAGAAACAAGAGAGAAGGGAGAGCAGAAAUAGAGGCCAGGUAAAAAAAAAAAAGAAAAAAAAAAGGAAACCGCAAAGAGAAUAAGAAAGGAAAGGGGAGGGAGACAGGAAAAAGAGGGGAAAGAAAAGCCCUUCACCGGCAGAGAGCGAGUGAGAGAGAGAGAGGAGUAGAGAGAGAGUGAGUGAGUGAGAGAGAGAGCGGCAGAAAGAGUCCGGGACAGGAAAGUUGAAGCGGGCCCAGAGCGCGCGUCGUUAGCGUUCGCAGGCUCCAGCCGGUAACGGGCCGUCUCGCGGCUCCCAUGGACCCCCCGCCAGCGGCCGAGGUCGCCGGGGAAACCAAGGAGAGGAGGAAGAUCAAGUUCUCCGUCCCGGCGAUAGUGUCCAGCCAGCUGGACGCCCGGCAGGUGGAGAUGAUCCGACGCCGGAGGCCUACACCCGCCACAUUAUUCAGAGUGGCCGACCCGUCAUCCCCUGACGACGACAGUGCACCCUAUCAGUCGGCUGUUGGGGAGAAUGGAAUCCUGAAGCCGAAGCGCGUCAAUCAAAACGUUUAUCAGCCUCCAUCACUGAAAGCUGUGCAGAGGAUGGCUCAAGCACACAUGCAGACGCUGGGUGCCUACCCAACCCUGGAGGACCCCCCCGAGGGGGAGGAAUACGAGGACGAGCUCUCAAUGGGACCGGGUGAUUCCCAGGUGCUGGGCAGCCAAUCAGAAGCUCCGCAGAGGCCAGAGGCCCUAGGAGCAGAUGAGAAGGAGGAUGAGGAGGGAGGGGAGGGGAGAGGGAGAGGGGAGUGAGAGGGAGGCCGAGGGGGGAAAGAGGGGGAGUCCGUGAAGAGAGGGAGGUGGAAAGAAAAGAUGUACGGGGAUUGGGAUGCUGACAGAAAACACAGUGUGUAUGUAUGUGUGUGUGUGAGAGAGUGUGUGUGUGAGUGCAUGUGUGUGUGUAUAUGUGUGUAUAUGUGUGUGUAUAUGUGUGUAUGUGUGUGUGUGUGUGUGUGUGCACGCACAUGUGUAUGUGUGUGUGUGUGUGUGUGUGUGUGUGUGUGUGAGUGAGUGUGUGUCUAUGUGUGUGUGUGUGUGUGUGUGUGUGUGGCGGUGGCGGUGGGAGGGGGCCCUGUGCUGGUGUGCUCUGAUACUGAGCCCUAUAAGGAGGUGAGGAGUGAUGUCGGACUGCAGGCCCUGUGUCUCUGAGUCUCUGAUGGGCCAGGUGAGGGCGAGGUCACUCGGGUCAGCAAGGCUGCAGCCAGCCAAUCACCCGCCCGCCAAUCACCACCACACAGCUCUCUUCUUCUGUCUCUGAGCGCCCGUUUCAUUAGCAGGUGCAUCUACAUUCACUCAAACAAGUGCUUCUGUGUGACGUACUCUCUCUCACACACACACACACACACACACACACACACGAGCAUGCUGUCAGAUAUGCACUCACACACGUGCACUCUCAUACACACACACACACACACACACACACACACACAUACAGAUACAGGCAGGAUUGAUUUGCCGUGUUUGCAAUGGACCUGAGGCAGAAUCCUCUACCAGCUACCACAAAAUGCUCUUUCAAUGUAGCUGCCAUGCAGUUGCGAGGUUAUAACGUUAACAAAACAUUCCGGCAACAUUGCGCGGACAUUUUGUGUCAGCUUGUCCCAAAUGAUAAAAAAACAAUACAGCUUUACCCCCCUAAUUCCUUAUAUUUUCAAGCGUGCGGUGGCAGAGACAAAAAACGAGAGAUGUGUGAGGUUGUCCAGGAUGGAAUAUGUACUCCGAUAUGUACACCCACUGAAGCCAGCUCUGCGUACCUCACCCGCUGUGCGGUAAGCAGAACUGUGCUGCGGCUUGUCCUCUGGGUACACAUUUCACUCCAUUACAGGGCCGUGUCGUGAUGGCCUGGAUCUGGCUCUACGUGCACUGUCCUUAACUCCGUGUGCGGUGUCCUCUAAAUAUCGCCAUCUCUUGGCAGGUAUCCAGAACUGCAUCGGGGCAUUAAUUUGAUUGCGCCGGCUUGCUGACUGCGUUAGUCGGGUCUAAUGCCAUAUGCUGGAAGCAAUUCCGCUUCUAAAUUUCUAAAAUGUGGAAAAUGCAACCAAUGCCAAGUUGGUGUGUGUGUGUGUGCACAUGCGUGUGUGUGUGUGCACCUGCGUGUGUGUGUGUGUGUGUGCGUGAUUCUUUGUGCAUAAAUCUGUGUGUGUGCGUGUGCGCUUGUGUGUGCAUGUGUGCAUGCAUCCAUGUGUGUCUGUGUGUGUGUGUGUGCGUGCAUGUGUGUGUGUGUGUGUACAUGUGCGUGUGCGUGUGUGUGUUUGCAGCAUGAGAGGUCAGAGAGGUCCUAUUUCACACCUGACCUGUGCACCCAAUGAAGACCUGACCCUAAUGAGCUCUGCUUUAUAAUUGCAUGCAGUGAUGCUUUUUCCAGCCACAACCAGACACAAAGAGCCUACCCUGGGCUGGCUGUAGAGCACCUGCAGUAAGCAGCAGAAACUAAAGAAGAAGAGCCUAACAUUCAGUCAGCACGGAAGACAUUUUGUCUGAUAUUUCCACAUCCGCGCACUUGUGUGUGAGAGUCUGUGUUUCUGCCUAAUUUGUCAGCCUCAGUUUCCAAGAUGUUUCAAGUAUUUAAAUAGGUGACUUAAUCAAAGACUGUUUUUAAAUAAAAUCAAAAAUUCUUUCCUUUUUUUUUAGUAUGCGCAAGCUAUUAAGGUCUGUCCAAUCCUGCAAGUAUCAGGUGACUAUAUGAAGUCGCAAUGAUAAUUAAACACAAAAACUAGGACAGAUUCUUCCUGUUUUGAUAAUUGGGAAGAGGUUUGACCAAGGCAAGUGGACAUGACCAGCUGUUAACUUUCUCGCUGUUCCGUCCGUAGCCAGUAUAUUAGUAUAUAUUUUCCACUGUAAAUAUUAUGGUCAAACAAUCUUUACUUUAGCAUUAUAUAUACAGUGAUGAAUCAUGCUACUGAGACCAGCACCGGAUUUGUUUCUCAUCAUUCCUGCAGCUGUUUCUCUGAUGCAGUUUUGACAAAGGUUCAGUCAUAUUUUAAGUCAGCAAAAUUGUCACAUCACUGCCAUGUCAAAUCAGCAGGAAGCCAUGCUAUGCAGUGAACCGAAGGGUGUUGGGAAACACUAUUGUGUGGCCACAUUUUUUAUUUUUUGUGUUUGGUUUUCAUAUCAAACGAGAGCUGAGUCCAGUCGAUGACAAUGCCGCAGUGUUUUCAGUGUGGCUCACCAACUGCUCAAAUCGUGCGCUCGAGCUGAGGAGCUAACUGUAAUAUUGACAUUUCGGAAACCGCAAUCUAAACGCGGAUGCUAUCAUUGUGUCCCAGCGAUCAGACUGGGCAGUCAAACACCGAUGCAAUUAGACUGCAAUAAUCGAUUAAUUUGAUGGCUUAUAAUUGGUAUCAGUAUUAAAGACCCUGGAAAGAUGUGUAUGCAGGAUUUCAGACCAGAUCACGGAACCUGUGGAUGUUUGAGUGACGGUUUGAGCCCUACAGCCACAGCUUAUAGUUCUAGUUCGGGCUGUGUGAUUGGCCGACUGUGACCAGAAGGUCAGAGUGGUGGGACGCAAUUGGCUACAUCCAGGGAUAGGGUGGGCUUUUAAGUCAGCCAGGGUUCCACUGCAUUAGUCCCUCCCAACAUCACACCAGACACCAUCGCAUCACAACCACACUCAGAGCUGUAAUCACUGAGCGACGUAGUUCUCCUCAGACCGGCGCUGCCUCUCUCCUGUAGUGCUGUGUGGAGAGUAGGACGUAACCAAUUCUGGUUUGCGGGUGAGGCGACUACCUCCGUUUCCAGUACUUCUUUUUCAGAGUACGAGUGGCACAGCGCAAAUGAGUGAAAUUUGAGACUCAGCACAGGGGUGGAUAAUAAUGGGGGGAAAUUGUUUUAAAAGCUGCCCUUCCGUUAAGUUGCUGUUCUGUACGAAGCUUACUGCACCAUAGAUUUUUGGCUGUGUCACAAGUGUAGGCCGUGCCAAUAAAGCUUUUUAAAGGGGAGAGAAAUGGUGUUGAUCUCUGCUUGGGCUCUCGCCCUGACGGUUGGCAGUGCCGUGCAGAACAGGGCGGUGUUUUUUGGGGAACCCAUGUAGCGACUCUCAAACUGACAUUGGAAUGGGUGGAUCUCUCUCUCUCUCUUUCUCUCUCUCGCUCGUGUGUAUACUGCUGUGGUGGAACUGAACGCUUCCCUUUUUCAUUUUUCUUCAUGUCACUUUCUUUUGUUAUUCUGUUUUCUGGAUCUGUAAAGAUGUGAUUUUUGCAGAGUGAACUGAGCAAUAAAUACAUUGAACCAAA